UAUCCCCACCGGGGAUCAUUAGUGAAUACCCCAGUCCCCAGAUGCGGAUGGUCGGCGCUUUGCUCUUGGCGUCUGAACGGCGCCGGUCCUUCUCGGAUGCCCUCGGGCCCAAGCUCCCCUACUAAAGGCGAUACGUGUAUGGCCGUCGUCAGCUGGUGGUCCCCCUAGUCCGGGCGCAAAAAUGCCGCGGUUCAUACAAGUGACAAAGCCGACUCUGCCCUUUGUUCCAACGCUGUGAUGUACUCUGCGGCUUGUGAACGCCAAGGUAAACGAUUGACCAGGGCAGUUUCACGACACUCCCAGCAGGCUCUCCUCGACCAGCGUGCCGAGUCGAGUCAUAAGGGAUGUGGGGUCAAUCAUGCUGUCCAUUCACACACAUAUUGUCCAUUUUGUCCAAGAAUGAGUCGUCUGCAGCGGAAUGGUUUGUGGAGGCACGCGGAAAUGGAUAUCCCAACCAAGUGCAACGUGAUUGGUGUCGGACAUGCACGAGUUGGUGUGGUUACCAACCCAAGCAGCUCUGGACUUGAUAGCCGACAUGGUACCCGUCUUCCGGCACGUGAUGGCCACCAUCGGCGUUUUGCGUUUUGUCACAGUUGCUGGAGGCUUGUUGGGAGCGAUCGGAGAUGUGUCAGUCCUCCGGCGCAGACUCCAAUUAAAACCUGCGCCCUAGACGUUAGUGCUGCGUGUUUGCUCUGGCCCGGGUCCGCCUGACAAGAGCUGACCGCCUUCAGGGACUCUCCCUCCUUUGGUGCGGAAGAGAGACAGCUGGGUGGGAUGGCUGCAUGGAGAGGCCG